ACUAUUUUGGUUCCAAUUUGAAAUGCCACUUCAAUGACUUCUGCCCUAAUGUACGAAUCCCAAAUCCAUCUUUUUGACUUUGUGUAAAAGAAGAAUCGGUGCAGGAUGUUCUCUACAGCGAAAAGCGCUCGGUUUGUUCUCAUGUGGAAAGCUGGAAAAGGCGCGCGCGCUCUCAGGAGCCACACGGGGAUGCGUCCUCGCGGCACGGAUUCGCAAAAAACUCCUGGAUUUUAGUGGAAUAAGUGGAUGACAGAAAGUGCAGUGGGUGUCUUUCGGUGUGUAGCACUGUGCAUUGAUGAGAAGCUCUAUAUGCUCUCCAUCCUGAAGAGGACAGGGGGAAAUGGAGAAGUACACAGGCGAAGUGUCGGGAGAAGUUUGAGCGCACAGGAGUAGGUGAUUUCCGAGCAGCACAGGUUUUACUCUCGAUGACAAUGUUACACAGCAGUGAUUGGUGGUGGAAUGACUCGGAGCGAUCUGCCAACGCGAUGCCAAACUCCAGCAUGGCUCCAGCUCUGGAGGAAGGAGUGCGUAACUACUACGCCAUGCUCUAUUCGUUACUUAUCCUGGCGAUUGUAUUUGGGAAUGUGCUGGUGUGUUUGGCAGUGGUCCGAGAGAAGUCGCUUCAAACCACAACCAAUUAUCUUGUGGUUAGCCUGGCUGUGGCUGAUCUGCUGGUGGCUUCGCUGGUCAUGCCUUGGGCUGUUUAUUUAGAGGUGGUUGGUGGCUCUUGGCUCUUUAGUCGAUUGUACUGCAAUAUAUUUGUGAUGUUGGAUGUGAUGAUGUGUACAGCCAGCAUUCUCAACUUGUGUGCCAUCAGCAUCGACAGGUACACAGCCGUAGUGAUGCCUGUACUGUACAACACAACUAACAGCUCACGUAAAAGAGUGUCAGUGAUGAUAGCCACAGUGUGGAUCCUGGCCUUCGCUGUCUCCUGCCCUUUACUGUUUGGCUUCAACACCACAGACGAUCCACUGGUGUGCUCCAUAUCCAACCCUGAUUUUGUCAUCUACUCAUCUGUUGUGUCCUUCUACCUUCCCUUCAUUGUGACGUUGCUGGUUUACGUGCGCAUUUACAUCUUCCUCAGGGGGAGGAGGAAAAGGAUAACGUUCCGGCAAGCCAGCAGCGAAGCCACGCCAGGGUCCGCACUGCCAGCCGCAGAGACCUGUUUGCAAGAUGACGCUCGAAAAGACAGACGCGACUUGUCUCCCAUCAGGAUCAAUGUGGAGAGCACAGAGAAGGUGGCUCGUCCCAGGCUUCUCUCAGGUUGCCUACGGCGUAAACGACCUAAAACGGUCCCCGUCGAUAACUCCAUCCUUCCCCCGGUGGACACGCCGAACUACUGCAGCAUCAGCCAGGCCUCCUUCGCACGCACUGAACCCGAGCCCAAUCGUGACGAAGAGGCGAGGCAAGAAGGAGAGGCGGCGACUGUGAGGAGUAACGAGGUGAAGGAGAUGUCUAAUGGCCGUGCUCGCACCGCAGUUCGGCCCACUCGGGUCUCACGGCGCAACAACCAGAGCCGCUACAGGAACCGACAGUCCAGAGAGAAGAAAGCCACACAGAUGCUGGCUAUCGUACUGGGAGUCUUUCUCAUCUGCUGGUUACCCUUCUUUGUGACUCACAUCUUGAACACUCACUGCAGUAAGUGUCACGUGCCGGCCGAGCUGUACAGCGCCUUCACCUGGCUCGGCUAUGUCAACAGCGCCCUCAACCCCGUCAUUUACACCACAUUCAACAUCGAAUUUCGCCGAGCCUUCAUCAAAAUCCUGACCUGCUGAUCUCAACUUCACAAUUCUUCCAACUUUUCUUGCUUUGGAAAAAUUGAGUGCCAAAAAUGUUAAAGACCUUUGGUCACAGUCUAGCCAUAUUUUAAAUCACUUCAUGCUUCCAGUUAUGAGUUCAAGUAAAUCGAACACAUAAGAGGCCACUGGAUUCAGCAGCGAUGUGAAGACUGAGGAAAAAGUGGAUUGGAUCAUGUAAACAACACUCAAGACCGCAAUCAGCAUCUAAAAGAUUGUGGAUUACAUAUCACCUGAGGACCUCCUCUGUGUAACAGGACCUAUAAGAUCUCACAUAUCAGGAGAGCUCAAGGACACAAUCAGCAUCUGAGCCUCUACAAAUCACGAUGUUGAUUUGCUCCUUACACGUUCAAAGAAGCUGGGUUUUUUUUUUCAGUUUCUGGUUUCAUCUGUAAUUGCAUGUGUCUCUAACGUCCCUUUUUGGAUGGAAAUGUUCAGAAAGCAUCCAGGGAGUGAAGUAUUGUCAACUACAUGUCUGGUACCAGCUUCUUUAAAUGGGAUGCUUUGAGAAGACUCAUGAAAAUGAUCCUGGGGGUCAUUACAUUUGUAACAUGUUUAUAAUAUUGUAAAUUAAACCAAACGAAAAAAACAACAUCCAUGUGCUCUGUUCAGAUAAAUACAAAAUAGGAAGAACGACCUUGAGACGAGGCAUGGGGAAGGACAUUAGAGAAGAGAAUGAACGGAGGGAGGAAGUGCAUUAGAGAGAAUGAAAUCAGAGUGGGUUCAUUUCAAAAGGCCUUUAGUGUGCAGACCAGCUGGAGAUGGAGAUGCUCUGGAGAUGGAUGCAGAUAGUGGAAAAGAGGUAGAGAAAGAGAGAGAGGAAAUGCACACCACACUCAAGUGCAUUUUACGUUUUAGUCCUAAA